ACUUGUAUCACCAGAACAGCCUCCGAAAGCAAAGUUUCUAACCUUGGGUUCCAAGUUCCGCUACAGUGGCCGUACGCAAGCACAGACACGGCAGGCAAGCAACCUCAUAGACAGACCAGCUCCGUACUUUGAGCGCACUUCAAGCAAACGUGUUUCCAGAAGCCUCGAUGGAGCUCCCAUGGGUAUCUCAGACCAAAGUCUGCUAAGAGACUUCUCUGCUACUGGAGGGCAGGCUGCUGGUGAUAAAAUCACUGACAUUGAAGCUGCUGGUCAGGCCAAGUUAAAAGAAGGUGGUAGAGAAGAAGAUGGGAGCCCAGUCAAAACUCCACAAUUAGAAUUGCCUCGGGAUGGAAAGAGCAAUUCCUUGAGAGUAGACGGGGAAAAUAUUUAUGUCAGACAUAGCAAUUUAAUGUUGGAGGACCUGGAUAAGACCCAGGACGACUUACUGAAACACCAGGCUAGCAUUAGUGAACUCAAGCGCAAUUUCAUGGAAUCCACACCUGAGCCACGCCCAAAUGAGUGGGAAAAGCGGCGUAUCACACCUCUGUCCCUACAGACGCAAGGG